UCAAAGGGAACAAAUGAUUGAUUAAAAUUGUUUUACGAGACAAACAAUUAACACCUGAAAAGUAAUAAAUCGGCUGAAGACGAGACCAAUUGAAAGACAUGCCGAUGACUGGACUGAACUGUUUCGGUGACUCGCAGUCCAUGGACUCGAUCACCAACGAGAUAAUGAACUCGAGUUCGUUCGACAUCGCGAACUCCAUGAUCACGACAGACAUCUCAGACACCAUACGUUUGGCGCCGGCAGAGGAGACCAACUCCGAUGGCGAGACAUACCAUCAGACAGCCAUUGAGUACUCGAUGUCCGCCAACAGACUUGUGGUGACCGUUGAGGACGAUUGCGACGAGAGUUUCGCUGAUUUAGUACAACACGUGACCACCGGUUCCAAUGGGUUGAGCGACGGAACGGUAGGGUCGGUGUCGACGCGAUUGCGGCGCCGGAAGGCUACUCAACCACAAAGACUUGUUUACUGUGAUCUCGACUUCAAUAUCAGUGACGAGCAAAAGACUAAUCCAGACAUCACUGCAAAUAAUAGUAUCAAUAAUGAGAUGAUUAGUAAUGGCAGUAAUGAAGACCAAAGUCAGUACACAAUCGACGCCAUGGUUUUGACAGAUUUGGGCGCUUCUGUACAUCAGGAGGAAGCGGGAGAUGAGGAAGAAGUGGAAGAAGUAGAAGAAGAUGACGAAGAAGAGGCUACAGUCGAAGAGGGCAUCGAGACAGUGGCUGAAGAAAAGGGAACCAAACAAAAAAAGAACUCGAAGGGCUUGGAGUGCGAGAUCUGUGGCUCUCUUUGGAACAGUAAGACACGACUCCGGAGUCAUUACAGAACUCACGGCGCGUCCAAACACCUCAAGUGUGACAUUUGCGGCAAACUCUUCGGGUGGGAGUACUCGUGGAAGACCCAUAUGUUGGCGCAUAGCGACGACAACCCCAACCGGUGCCCCCACUGCGGUCUCAAACUCUUCAAUAAGACGGCGCUUAACAAUCACGUCAAACGGAUCCACGAGAACCCCGACCGGCCCUUCAAGUGCGAGGUGUGCGCCAAGUGUUUCAUAUCCAAGUCGGAGCUCAACCAACACUCGCACAUACAUCUGGAGGACAAGCCGUUUAUGUGCGAACAGUGCGGCAAAACUUUUCGCAGCAAAAGCUAUUUGGAGCGACACUACAGAACCCAUUCGGGGGUAAAGCCAUUCAAAUGCGAGUAUUGCGGCAAAUUGCUGGCUGACAAGACCGGGUUCACGGCUCAUAUACGCUCACACAUAGGGGAGCGGCCCUUCAUGUGCGACAUAUGCGGCAAGAAGUACACAAUCAAACGCCACCUCACCUCACAUAUGAUCAUUCACUCGGAUGUGCGGCCCUUCAAGUGCGAGGAGUGCGGAAAGACGUUCAGAUCGCGCACUAACUUCCGUAUGCAUAAGGACUCGCACCUGGGCCUCAAGCGCUGGGAGUGUAGGUUCUGUCAGCGCACGUUCCUAUCGCAGGGAAAUAUGGCUAAACACGUGCGCCGGCAUAUCGGUGACCGCAAACACAAGUGCGAAGUGUGCGGUAAGGCGUUCAUCGAGAAGCAGGAGCUCAAGAAUCACUCGAAAAUGCAUUUGAAUCACGACAUCAGCGCUAAGAAGUCCAAAGAGGAUAAUAGUGAGCCUCUAGAACAGAAUGAGACCAGAAUUCAGAUCCAAGUGCUGCCACACAUGUUGACCCCCACUCCCACUACCGCCUCAGAUGUGUCCACCCUUUCCAAUAGUCCUAAUAAUAGUGAGACAGAUAUGACAGCAUUUAAAGACUCGUUAAUUCACGGAGACAUCAAUAAUGAGACGCAAACUGAAGUGAAUGUCGAGUUGAAUGGAGUUCUGACGGGAACUCAGUCCCAACUCAUAUCCCUGUCCACACCUCUCACCCUAAACCUGCCGUCUUUGACACAAAGCCUAUGCCUCCCACUGACGAGUGUCCACCCGUUGACCACAAUUAAUAUGACUCAAUGCUAUCAGAGUGUCGACACCGCGAACACCGGUGCUGUCGAUGUGAACGCAACUGAGCUGUCAUUCUGUGAUUUCAACCAA